AUGGCGGGGAUCGCGACGCUCGCGGCCGAGGCCGCCGCCGCGAGCGUCGCGCGCUUCCACGCCGAGGCCGCGGCCGCGCGCGAGGCGGCGGCCGAGGCGCCGCCGCCCGGCGCGGGCGACGUGCGGCUCGAGCGCUACAACGCCGCGAGCCGACUCUGGCACACGCUCGCGGCCCCGGCCGCGCCGCCCGCCGCGGCGGGGGCGGAGCGCCCCGCCGCCGAGGUCGCGCGGCUCGAGGCCGAGCGGCGCGCGGCCGAGGAAGCCCGCGGCCGCGCGUUGCCGCCGCCCCCCGAGCCCAAGGACGACGCGCGCGACGCGCGCGACGCGCUCAAGGCGCACGGCGAGGCGCCCGUCGACGACGAGGCCGAGGCGCCCGUCGAACUGCCCGAGCUGCCCGUCCAGGACGACGACGCGCGCGACGCGCGCGACGAGGUCGUGGCCUGGGUCCGGGCCCACGCGGUGUCGGGCACGAGCAACACGAUCAAGGAGAUCUACGCGGCCGUCGCGGACCGCUUCGGCGUCGAGCUCACGAAGCCGUGGAAGAUGCUCAUCAAGCGCGUCGUGACCGAGGCGCUCAAGGACGACGACGACGACGACGACGACGACGACGACGACGAGGCCGGCGAGGCGCCCGUCGAGGCGCCCGACGACGACAUCGACGCCUACGACGACGACGACGACGACGCCUACGAGGAGGACGCGUCCGUCGAGGCGCCCGACGAGCGCGGCGUGUCCGGCGAGUCCGGCGACGACGACGACGACGACGACGGCCUUAAGAUCUACGACGAUUGCGACGACGACGACGACGACGCGUCCUUCGACGAGCCGGAUCUGGAGCCCAAGCCCAAGCACAAGCAGACGCGGGACGACAGCGUGCCCUGGCGCACGACGAAGACGUGGACGGGCGGAACGUUCGACGAGAAGGCGCUGGACGACCACCUGGAGCUGCUCAGCGAGGACGGCUCGGAGUGGACCGGCGGGGGCGGCUACUCCCAGAAGUGCGGCGACCGGAUCAUCUACAAAAAGUGCAAGUGGGAGAAGAAGCUCAAGUGCCCGUGCAAGGUCCGCAUCGUGCACCCGGCGGACCAGCCCGGCGUCACCUAUUUUCAGGAACGCCUGGGCCACGUGCACAACUUCGACGACGAGAUGAAGACGUCCACGACGCUGCCGGGAUCCGUGGCGCUUCGGUGGCGCUUCGGUGUCAUUGCGGCUGCGACCGGCGGGCGCCAAGGAGCACGGUGUACUGGUUUCUUCAAGUUCCAGGGAUUUGUAGCUUCAACUCGAUGA